UUAGCACGGCAUUGUUGCGGUAACGGUAACUAACUGUAUAAGCAGGAACGAGCACAGUGGCGAACGAGUGACGCUUAAAGUGAUUGCAAAAUUUGCAUUAUAAGUGCAUAGCGCGCGUCUAACGGUAUAUUUAAUAUGUACGUGUAUAUAUGCAAGUGUCUGUGGUGACAAACUUUGCUUUAAAAAACAAUUUGAGUGGGAAUGUUUUAGGUGAUAAAAAAAAGCAAAAAAAGGAAAAGAAAAAUUGUAAAAAGAAAAACCCAAAAUAACAAAAAAAUAAAAAAUAAUUAAAGAAAAGACGAAAAACUUAAUUGUGACUUUGCAUGUACGAAGCGACUUUUUAAACUUGAAAUAAUGCAUGAAGGCAACCAAAUAUGCAAAUAGCAGUGAUAACGGUACUUAUAUUGAACAAAACACUAACAUGAAGAACAACAGUUGAAACAUGAACUUCGCCGGAUUAGCAAUGAAUCUAAGCUCCAAUUUAACAGCAAAUCAUACUAUAUAUGACAACGACGAUAACAACAACAACAACGAACUACAUAACAACAUAACUGCUCACAACAACUCCUACUAUUACACAAGCAAUAGCAACAGCAGCAAAAUGUUAGAGGCGCAAAACAUCACAACGGCAUUACUGAAUGCCACCACACAAAGUCUCAUCGAUCCCGAAUUCGAACAGUACGAGGAAAUCGAUGAAUUAUCACCCGAAUUACGCAACUUCGUGCGCAUUGUUGUACCCUUCUGUUUUGGCAUUUUCGCCGUGUCGGGCUUCUUCGGCAAUACGCUCGUCAUACUCGUCGUACUCUUCAAUCAACAAAUGCAUUCCACCACAAAUCUGCUAAUUGUCAAUUUAGCCGUUGCCGAUCUGCUUUUCGUCGUUUUCUGCAUACCAUUCACCGCAACCGAUUAUAUAACCGAGUAUUGGCCCUUCGGUGAUUUGUGGUGUCGUGCGGUGCAAUACCUAAUCGUUGUUACGGCUUUCGCGAGCAUUUACACGUUGGUGCUGAUGUCGGUCGAUCGUUUUUUGGCCGUCGUACAUCCAAUACGUUCGCGACAAUUGCGCACCGAGAAGGUGACGAAGAUUGCAAUCGUUACAAUGUGGGUGAUCAUUUUGUCCAUAUCGUUUCCGGUGCCACUAGUGCAUGGAUUAACGAAACUGGAACCGUUUCCAAAUGUCACCUAUGCAUUUUGUACAUUCUACGAAGAUAAUUUGAUUGUCAGCCAAACCAGCUAUCAGCUGAUAUUCUUCGCCUGCUCGUAUCUGCUGCCGCUCAUGGCAAUUAGUGGUCUCUAUGUGCGGAUGAUUAUGCGUCUGUGGCAUCAGGGCAGCGGCGUACAGAUGUCUGUGAAAUCGCAACGUGGCCGCAAGCGUGUCACACGUCUCGUUGUGGUUGUUGUUGUGGCAUUCGCAUCGCUAUGGCUGCCAGUACAGCUGAUUUUGCUGCUGAAAACGCUCGGCAUCUAUCAUUCGAACACGAAAUUCAAACUUCUGCUGCAAGUCAUCGCCCAAACGUUGGCCUACAUGAGCUCCUGCAUCAAUCCGUUGCUGUAUGCCUUCCUCUCCGACAACUUCCGCAAGGCUUUCUAUAAGGCCAUACACUGCUCGGAGAGAUAUCAGAAUUACUCAUCGGAUUUGCCGCCGCCAAGGCGUACAUCAUGCGCACGCACCUCGACCACUGGCCUGUGAAUUACCUGCAACGGCGCUGACGACGAGAACUGCGCGCACAACAGGGCGUAUGAGUAAUAAGCGAAAGGACUGCGAAGUGACGCUUCUGCGGCGGGACUCACUGUGGACUGGCGAGUGUAAUGAUAAAUUAUGUCGCUUAACGCCAACUUUCGCCGCACAUCCGGCGAUUUGGGUGAACGAAGUAAAUAAAUAUGUCUAUGUAUAUACAUAUACGUGUAUAUAUAAGUAUGGAUUUAUGUUUGUAAGAAUUUAAUGACAACGUAUAUAUAAAUAAUAUUUGUGGGUAGAAAAAAGUAUAAUAAAAGCUUUAAUAUUUAUAAAUAUAUAAAUAUGUAUUUAUAUAUACAUAUAUGUAUAUGUGUAUAUAUGUACCAGUAUAAGAAAUUUUAUAUUAACCUUAUUUUAAAAAGCGAAAGAAAGUGAAAUGUGGCAGCGUGUGCGAGAUAUUCACUUUCUUCUGCCUCCCACUUACUCCCGCUUAUUUACCGCAAAAUGCGCCAUAGGCAAUGCAAGUUAAAAGUUUUUAAUGCAGCAGCAGCCAAUUAACGCCGAACGUGCUUCUUUAAUUAAGGCUUACGCUUUCGCGAAGAUGAUGGAAAAUGCGAAAGCGCAGACUAAUGAAGCCCUCACACACAUAUAUACAAGCGCAUAAGCACAGAUGUGCGUGUGCAGUGAAUGGAAAGUCUUGCUUGCCUACUUCUAGGCGCUUGCCACAGAAUUUCCCAUCGGCCGCCUUUAAGCCUUACAGACCCAGUGACUGAUUUGUGCGUACGCUUUGUGCCGAUAAUUGCCGAACAUUGACCACUGAUGCCCUCUGAAAUGCCGCUAAUUUGCUUUGCUCGCCACUGGAUUGUCGAAAUUUCGUUUGACUGAUGGAACGAAGCGGACGCUGUUGAAAGUGAAAGCACUGACUCGUGAUGAAUGCAGCGAUAUAUACAAACAAACAUACAUAUAGUAUGUAUAUACAAUUAAUAUUGUUGUUGCUGCUUUAUAGUCGCGUCCCUUUGAUUGAUGACUUUUACAGUAUUAUUAGAAGCACUGACAUACUGAAACCCAAACACACAUAUAUACACACCAGUCGCUAACGCAAAAUAAGCACAAUAAAGCAAAUCCAAAUAAACAAACAAUUAAGCAUAUAAUGUGUUGACAGUUAGCUUAUUGUAAGCCGUUGUUAAGCUACUUUUUGUAGUUGUUGUUUUUUCCCGCCAAAAAGUGCUGUAUUUAACUACUAUAACUGUAAAUGCUUAAGAAAAAUUAAAUUUUGUUUCUAUAACUUCUUUGAUGCGAUUAUUUUGUAGAAGCAUAUAAAUUACUUAACGCGCCUAAUGGCAAAAAUAUUUAAUUUUUCUAGUUUACGAAGAUUCGAUUUAAUGUUAGCAUAACAAAACUCUAUGUGUAUGUGUACAUACAUACAUAUACAUACAUAUGAAAUUAGAUAUAUAUGUAUUUAUAAUAGUUAUAUAACCUAAUAAUAAAUA